CAAUUGUUAUUGACGUGGACAUUUAUGUGAACAGCAUUGGCCCAGUAUCUGUUAUCCAAAUGGAGUACACCAUCGAUAUCUUCUUCGCACAAACCUGGUAUGACAGGAGGCUGCGUUUUAACAGCACACUGAAAGUCCUGACCUUGAACAGCAACAUGGUGGGGCGUAUCUGGAUCCCAGACACCAUAUUCCGAAACUCAAAGAGGGCUGAUUCUCAUUGGAUCACCACACCCAAUGAACUGCUGCGAAUCUGGAAUGAUGGCAAGAUCCUCUAUACUCUGAGACUCACAAUUGAAGCGGAGUGCCAGCUCUAUCUGCAGAACUUCCCCAUGGAUGAGCAGUCCUGUCCUCUCACCUUCUCCAGCUAUGGAUAUCCAAAAGAUGAAAUAACCUACAGAUGGAGACAGUACUCGAUUGAAGUGGCACACCAACGAUCCUGGAGACUCUACCAGUUUGAUUUUGUUCGUCUCCGGAACACAACAGAAGUCCUCAAAACCACUGCAGGAGACUACACUUUGAUGAUUGUUUACUUUGAUUUAAGUCGCAGAAUGGGAUAUUUUGCAAUACAGACUUAUAUCCCCUGUAUACUAACUGUAGUCCUAUCAUGGGUUUCAUUCUGGAUCAAGAGAGAUUCAACUCCUGCCAGAACAACGCUUGGGAUCACCACUGUGCUGACCAUGACCACACUGAGCACUAUUUCCAGAAAAGCAUUGCCCAAGGUCUCCUAUAUCACUGCCAUGGACCUGUUCGUGUCGGUCUGUUUCAUCUUUGUCUUCGCAGCACUCAUGGAGUACGCCACCCUCAACUAUCUCGUAGGGACCAAGAGACCCAACCCCACAAAACGCAAACUCAAACCUGAAGCCAGUGCUCCAGGUGCGGAACCCUGCUUCACCACCAUCACCAUGAACAACCUGGCACAGUGGCAGGAGCCAGAGGACGAGUUGCCUGAUGACUGCCUGGAGGGCAAGGACUGUCGCUCCUUCUUCUGCUGUAUCGAGGAUUGCCAGACUGGCACGUGGCGCAGGGGUCGCAUCCGCAUCCACAUCUCCAGGCUGGAUGCCUACUCGCGGGUCUUCUUCCCCACUGCCUUUCUACUCUUCAAUCUCAUUUACUGGAUCUCAUACCUCUACCUGUGA